AUGACUAGUCAAUUUCAACAUACCCUCUGGCUCUGGCUUGAGGGCAUGUUCCCACGUCGAAUCUCGUACUACCUCCUAAUGAAGGGGUUGGUCGCUUCACCGUCAGACCUCCUUCAUGGCAAGACAGGAGAUCCGAGUCUGCGGCUAAGCUUGAUCAACUUUGAUACAGCUAAAGGUUUUACUUACCUGGAUGCCGAAGACCCAGCGCCGAAGGGCGCAAGCACCCCUUGUCUCCGUAUCAUAGAUCCAAGCACCGGCGAUGCACGCUUUAUCCAUGAGAGCUCUGCAAUUAUCACGUAUCUCGAAACCGUCUAUGGAGGCCACGGUCCUGCACUCGCACCGGAAGAUGCAGUGAGCGUCGCAAUCAUGAAUGACCUAAUCGCAGGGAUCAAUCUCGCGGUUACCGAUGGCGCAUAUUAUAUAAAGCAUGCUGUACCGCAGUCUACGGCCUGGUCGCUUCUCAAGAAUGAGGAGCGUAGUCACGCCGCUGCUCUCAAUGCUUACGCCUUCGCAGUUAAGAACCUGCUCAAGGUCCAAUUGUGGGCAAAUCCGACAUUGAGUGGAGCAGGGUGGCUUACUCCUGGGAUUCACAGGGCGGGUCUAGUAGAUGCUACUUUGGCCGGUGGUUGCAGGUACCUUGAUUUAACGUACGGUUGGGAUAUGCUUGAGAACGAGGAACUCUCUGAGUUGAAAGAAUGGUAUAAGAGAUUCAAGGUGUUACCAUGGUGGAGUGAGCUAGAGGAUCGGGAAGAUGUGCAUCCUUCGGAAAUGCGGUAUGGUAGCAGUUGCCGGGAGGUCUGA